GCGGGAUUGGAGAUGAGCAGGGAGCUGGGGGGAGGGAUGGUGAGCGCUGUCCUCACACGGGAUGCAGGCGCUGGUGGGGAGCUGAGCCACGCUGCUGUCCUUUGGCAGAGCCCGAUGCGAGGACAUGAAGGUGGGGGCCCUGGCUGGGCUGGGGGCUGCGCACCCCAUUUGUCCCAGUUUUCUUAUUGGAUAGGAGAACAGCCACGUUGGUCCUCAUUCAUCCAUAUGGACAAAGCGUCUGGCAAGGAAAACGAGAGGAAAGGGCUCUGGCUGUGCUCCACACUUCGCCAUGUAAAGCUGCCCAGCCUCGCAGAUGCCAGCUGUCAGCGCAGCCCUGGACCUGCAGAACGGUGUAUGGGAGAAUGGUAGAGAGUCGGUAAGACCAUGCUCUACACCAUGACAUGUUGGUUCCUGGUCCUGGUCCUCCACCUGGUCCUCCUGAGCCCACUGCAGGUGGCAGCCUGCCCUGCCCGCUGCGAGUGUGCCCCGCAGCUCAAAUCAGUGGUGUGUCACCGCAAGCGGCUCACUGCCAUCCCCGAGGGCAUCCCCACAGAGACCAAGAUCCUGGAGCUCAACAAGAACCGCAUCCGCUGCCUGAACCCGGGGGACCUCUCCCCAUACCCCUUGCUGGAGGAGCUGGACUUCAGCGAGAACAUCAUCACCAAUGUGGAGCCAGGAGCCUUCAGCAACCUGUUCAACCUGCAGACUCUGCGGCUUCGAGGAAACCAGCUCAAGCUCAUCCCCCCGGGGGUCUUCACCAAGCUGACCAACCUCACCAUCUUGGACAUCAGCGAGAACAAACUCGUCAUCCUUCUGGACUACAUGUUCCAGGACCUGAGGAACCUGAAGAGCCUGGAGGUGGGUGAUAACGACCUGGUGUACAUCUCCCAGCGCGCCUUCUCAGGGCUGCUCGGCCUGGAGCAACUGACCAUUGAGAAGUGCAAUCUGACCUCCAUCUCGGCUGAGUCACUCUCCUACCUCCAGAACCUCGAGGUGCUGCGGCUCCGGCACCUCAGCAUCUCUGCGCUGGAGGAGCAGAACUUCAAGAAGCUCUACAACCUCCUGCAGCUGGAGAUCGACAACUGGCCGCUGCUGGAAGACAUCUCCCCCACCAGCUUCCAGGGCCUGAACCUCACCUCACUCUCCAUCACCUACACCAACAUCACAGCCGUGCCCACCGCUGCCUUGAGGAACCUGGUGUACCUCCGCUACCUGAACCUGUCCUACAACCCCAUUAGCACUGUGCUGAAGGGCUCCUUUAAAGACCUCAUCCGGCUCCAGGAGCUGCAUAUAGUGGGCGCUCUCUUGGUGUCCGUGGAGCCGCAGGCCUUCUCUGGUCUGAGACAAAUCCGUCUGCUUAACCUCUCCAGCAACUUUCUCUCCACGCUGGAGGAGAGCACCUUCCACUCUGUGAACACGCUGGAGACGCUGCGGGUGGACAGGAAUCCCUUGGCCUGCGACUGCCGCCUCCUCUGGAUCCUACAGCGACGGAAGACGCUCAACUUUGACGGCCAGCAGCCCAUGUGCUCCACACCGCCUGAAAUCCAGGGGAACGCUCUGCGUGACUUCCCCGACUCCGUGCUCUUCGAGUAUUUCACCUGCCAGAAGCCCAAGAUCAGGGAUCGGAAGCUGCAGCACGUGACGGCCCGCGAAGGGCAGUCCGUGUCCUUCCUGUGCCGGGCGGACGGGGAGCCAGAGCCCUCCAUCGUCUGGGUGUCCCCUCAGCACCGCAUGAUCACCACGCGCAGCACGGGGCGAGCAGUCGUACUGCCGGGAGGCACCCUGGAGAUCCGCUUUGCCCAAGUGCAGGACAGCGGUACCUACAUCUGCAUUGCCAGCAACGCAGGGGGCAACGACACCUAUUUUGCCACUCUGACGGUCAAGGGACACCCGAACGAUGGCUCCUCCAACGCCAACCGGACUUUGUACCUCAAUGAGUUCAAUGACACCUACCAUAACGACACGCAGGUCUUCUUGAAGUUCACGCUUGAUCUCAAGACCAUCCUGGUGUCCACAGCCAUGGGCUGCAUCACCUUCCUCGGCGUGGUCCUCUUCUGCUUCCUGCUCCUCUUCGUUUGGAGCCGGGGCCGAGGGCAGCACAAGAACAAUUUCUCGGUGGAAUAUUCCUUCCGGAAGGUGGAUGGACCCACCACCACCACGGGCCAAGGAGGAGCCAGGAAGUUCAACAUGAAGAUGAUCUGAGCCUCUCCAAAGGAGAACCGUUGGCUGCGCCCAGCCCCGGGCACGGCUGUGGCACAAUGGGGCCAGGGGGCACAGGGGCAUCAGUGAUGUCCUGGGGCAUCGACAGGGCCAGCAGCACGGUCAGGGACCGAGGGCUGUUGGACUGGAUGAUCUUGGAGGUCGUUUCCGACCUUAAUGAUUCUGUGAUUGGAUGACCCAGCUGGCCCCAGCCCCGCAGUGACCCCACAAGUGGCCCAGGGGCCAUCCCAGCUCCUGAUGUAGCUGAUGUUUUUGCUACCAACUAUGCAUUUCUCAGUAAGAUCAGCAGCAUUUUGGCCUGGGAAAAAAAACAAACAAAAAAACAAACAACCAGAAAACAACAACUUUUCUUCCCCCUGUUCCCUUUUUUUUUUUCUUUUUUUUUUUUUUUUUUUUGUUCUGUU